GGCUCUUAAGCAGCGCUAACUCCCCACUUUCUGCACCUAAGGUUCCUUGCUUUCCUCACAACUUCUGUUCCCCGGAACCCCAAGCUUUCUCCGGUCAGUCGACGCGGCUGCUCCGCCACCUCAGAGGAAGAGCAGUAUCGUCGUCUUCAUGGACUACAGGCAGUUCUACUGCAUGACCCUGCGGAUGAGCAUAGACUGCAACGGGUGCUACCAGAAGAUCAGGAGGGCGCUGCUCCAGAUGCAAGAGCUGGAGAGCCACCUGAUCGACCGGAAGCACGGCCGGGUGAGCGUCUGGGGCGCCUUCAGCCCGCAGGACGUGGCCAUCAAGAUCAGGAAGCGGACCAACCGGCGCGUCGAGAUAUUGGAGCUCAGGGAGGCCGCAGGGCCGGGGGGCGCCGACGAGCAGGGCGCCGGCGGCGGGCAGAUGCCCUCAAACUGAAACCCACCUUGUAUGCACCAGCAGAGCACUCGGAUGCUGCUUGUAUUAGCUUCUUGACCUGACACUUUCAGGAGGAUUUACCCACCUUCUUGUGUGCGAGCUUAUGAAAUCAUCAUUUUGAUCUGUAGUCCUCUUAUGACUUGUUUGAGUGAACUUCACUACUCAGUUAUUUCA